AACUAUUGGAAUAUUUUGAUUUUAUUUAUUAAACCCUAAUCCCAAUAUUGCAGAUCGCCACCAUAGCACCACCUCCAUUCUCUUGCCCUACGCCACCACCUCCGACGUCAACAUCCGCCACAGGGCAACCAUGGAAGGUAAUUCAGAAACUGAUAGCUUAGAAAGGGACUUGGAGCAUUUGCUUGGAGCCUUUGGUUCUUCAGCUUCUCUUGAGGAGAUAGCUUCUGCAUAUUCCAAAGCACAACAUGAUGUAUUAACCGCAGCUGAAAUGCUGUGCAAUAAUGAAGGAAGCACGUCUAGGAAUUCAACAAGUGUUGCGCAGAAUGGAAAUGAGGUUCUAUUAAAGUCUGUCAAGGAAAUUGAUUACUACGUCGAACCAAAGAAAAAGCAAAAGAAAAAGAAAAUUACAAUAUCUACUGGAACUGUCUCAAGCAUGAUUACUAGAGAUUAUAGUCAUUGUAGGCAACCGAGAAAAGCUUCACCUUCUGAAGUGACUAAACCGUUGAAGUUGAUUUGUUAUGAACCUUCUGCCUCUGAUAUUUUGGAUGAGAAACCCGUAUUUGGAAAUUCUGCAAAAAAUGGAUCUCUGCAUAAGAAUGAUGAAGUAAUCCUUCUUCAGAGGCUUGGAGAUGAUUCUCAAUAUGUUGGUCCUAGUGGGCAUAAUUUACACAAGAGUAUGGAGCAGCAAUUUCCGGAGAAGUUGCAAAAUGUUGAUCCUACCAAUGGUGACAAAAGAAGAUUGAUGAUUGAAAGUGAAAAAGAAAAAGAAAGGCAAAAGCUUUCUAAAGAGGCCUUAUUAGCACUAUUCUCCCUCUCUAAGAGAUUUGAACAACCUCCCAAAUUAACUCUUCCGAGAAGACAAGAGGGAAUAUCAAGAGGUUCAGGUUAUGUUGUUUCUGGGCCUUUCGAAGAUGUUAAACUGCCAUUUAAUAAGACUGUCACUGCCAAACAAGUUAUUAAAAAUGAAGAGGAGGACGAGGAUAGUUAUCAAAUCCUGCGUCAAGCUGUUCAGGAGCACUUGAUAACAAUGAAAGCAUUUUACAAAAGUGCGGCUGAAGCACUAGCUGCAGGUGACAAUUUGCGUGCCGACAAAAUGAUGGAAGAGGGGAAUUUUUUUAAGAAGAAAGCCCAAGAAGCUGAUGAAAGAUCUGCAUUGAAGUUCCUUGAAGACGGAGAAAAUGAAGAUGGUGAAUUCCAUAUUGAUCUGACUGAGCUUGAACUUAAGGAAUCAAUACAGUAUCUGAAGACUCAAUUGGCUUUCCUUCCUUCUAUCCCGACUUUUCAAUAUCUGAAGGUUAUGUUUGGAUCUGGUACAGAGGAUCCUAAGGGAAACAAAAAGAAGAGGGUGGUUGUGAAGCUACUGGAGAGAGGAUCAAUCAAAUGGGCAGAGGAAAAUGAUGGUAAAGUAAUUUCAAUUCUCCUAGAGGAUGUUCCCAAAAAUCUUAGCUUUGCUAAAAAAGAGAUAGAAGGAUAGAUAGAUCUAAAUAUAAGACCAAAUGAAUCCUGACUAGCUAUUGAAAGUUAAACUUUAGAUGUUAAACCAAUUGUAUGGCUAGCUAUUAAAAGUUUUUACUUUUGGGGUAUGAAAGAAAACAAAUAGUUUGAUUAGCCUCUUUUUUUUUUUGCAUUAUUUGGAACUCAUUACAUCUUUAUUUGAGUUCAAAAUUCUCCUUA